AUGACCCGCCCCAAGAUUACGCUCUAUGUCGACACGGUCAGCCCGUUUGCCUACAUGGCAUAUUACAUCUUGAGACACGAGGAGGUCUUCAAAGGCUGCGAUAUCAUCUACGUGCCCAUCUUCCUCGGGGGGCUGUUCCAGAAGUGUGGAAAUAUGGCGCCCCUCAAGAUCAAAAACAAGGCGGAAUGGAUCAACACUGAACGCUUGCGCUGGGCGCGGCACUUCUCGGUCCCCAUUACCACCGGGCUGCCGCCCGACUUCCCGGCGCCCUCUCUCCCCAUCAUGCGCGCCCUCUGUGUCAUCGCGGCCUCGGACGACGGCCCACAGCAGCCACGCCUGACCAAAGCCCUCGACACCUUGUACUCGCAGCACUGGGAGCAUGCCGUCGCGACCCACAAGCCCGAGGUGCUGAAGGAGACGCUGGUGGGCUUGUUUGGGAAGGAAGAGGCCGAGAAGAUCCUGACCGAAUCGACAACUGCACAAGGCAAACAAGCGCUAAUGGCCAACACGGACCGCGCCUUCGAGGCCGGCGCCUUCGGCAUCCCUUGGUUCGAGUGCACCGACGGCGAGGGCAAGACGGAAGGCUUCUUUGGUGUAAGCAGCUUGGGCCAGGUGGUGGAGUUCCUCGGUCUUCAGAUCAAAGGAGGAUUGGGGAAGAGCGGGUGGCGGGCUCUGUUGUAG